GCGCCCCCAUUGUCAGGUCUUUUACUGCAAGUCUGUGUUACAAGCUUGCUACGCAAUAGCAAUUGAUUAAAGUUAUCCAUCAUGGUACAAAGACUUACCUACAGGAGAAGACUCUCCUACAACACAAAGUCAAACUUGGUCAAAAUUUCAAAGACACCAGGUGGCAAACUGACAUACCUGUACCAGAAGAAAAGGGCAUCCCCUGUCAGGUGUGGAGACUGCAGGUGCAAACUCCCUGGUGUUGUUGCAGCUCGCCCCAAGAAGUUGAUGCGAAUUUCGCAGACUAAGAAACAUGUCACAAGAGCGUAUGGAGGUUCCAGAUGUGGUGCCUGCGUUAGGUUAAGAAUUGUGCGUGCUUUCUUGCUGGAAGAACAGAAGAUCGUCCAUCGGGUGUUGAAGGCGCAGCAAGCUGCCAAGAAGUAGACAGCUGUUUCACUCAGUCUAAUUUGGAAUGUACAGAAUAAAAAAUACCUGGGGAAAAAUCAUGAAAUUCACUUUAUGUUCUUUUUUGCUGUUUUACUGAUGAACACAAAACUAUGUAGUUUCACAAUAAGUAAUAAUACACAAUUACAUCUUAAUGUAUUUUCUGAAUUGAUUUUUUGAUAAAUUAAUUGUUUUUUUUAAAUAUUUAUUUCUCCGAGCAUCAAUACAUUUCAACUCCAAUUACACAUGUCGGAACGCAAACUAUUAAACAUAAUACGCUCAUGAAAGUGGUCCUAGAUGAAAUGAAAGAAUGUUGAAUAUCAAUCAGACCCAUUCAGUUUCUUAAAUUAGCUAGGUCUAAAACAACUAAGGCUAAGGGCUAGGCCAGGCCUAAGCCCGAGUCAUUUCAAGCAGCAUGAAAGCUACUGAAAAGGAAAGGUGAGAUUAUUAGCAUAGUUGUAUAUUUCCAUACACUAGAAAGAAUUUACUCAAUAUUUAAAUAAUGAAUUAAAAAGCUAGUGAAUUAAAUUUAAUCCUUUGUACCAUUCUAAUUAAUGAUACAGUUAUUAAAUUAAUUGUACUAGUAAUUACAUAAAUUUCAUAUAAAAUCUUUAUUUUCCCUUAGGUAUUUGUACUCUUAAUUGGUACAAAAGAAAUUUAUUUAAAAAUCUAUUCAUUAAAUACAUUUGGUCAUAGUCACACAUGUACUGUACAGACAAUUCUUUACAAACAUUAAAAAAAAUAAUUCAUGCGACUCUCGAAAA